AUGAAACUUAUAGUUUUUAUUAUUGUAUUAUUUCUUAUGUUCUUCAAAACUUUUGCUUUUGUAACUUACGGCGAUUGUGAUAAUGAUGGAAGUAUUGUAUCAGAAAUUAUAUUUCCGGCUGCAGGGGUGGUCCGAUUACAAUUAGUUCAGCCAGAUAAAAGAGAUGAUCCUAAUCUUUACCCAUGUUGUUUGCAACAGGGCGUAAUGUUACUUGAAAAUUAUAUGAUUUAUAAAGAUGAUGGCUCAAAAGAUCCACUUUUUACUUUUGUGGGAGAUCGUACAUGGGUAAAUGGGUACGAUGGGAGUAAUAUCUUACAAAAAGAUGAUGAUUGUGAUAGGAGUAGUUUUAAAUGUGAUCAACUUUAUGAAGGAGACUACGCAUAUACACGAUUUGACAAUUUUGAUGCUUCAAAAUUAACUCCGGGAGAUGCAAUUAUAGUGUCAAUGACUACAUAUUCUCAUUGUUAUUAUGCCUCUGAAACAAUUUGCGUGUAUGAUUAA